AUGCGAGAAAUAGGCAAACUAGAUGAGCUUUUGUUGGCGAAAGGUUUCAUAUUACACCGUUACUCCUGCCAUAUACUAAGCACCAUACUGGCACUGAUAUCCUUUUAUAUGCUCGGCACUGCCUGUUAUUAUAUGCAAUUACUGAGCUCUCACUUUCACUAUCACCAACUGGUUUUACUCAACAUUUAUGGCUUGCAACUGUUUAUAUCGAAUUUAUAUGCGCUUUGUUUGCGUGUUCUUUUGGGUAAUAUCAGACAACGCAUUCACUUAGUUAAUGCUAAAUUGGAGCUUGUGGCUAAAAGUGAUUUAGAUGUGGAGCAUAAUUGGCGGCAAAUGAGUCUCUUCAUUGAGUUGCUAUGUAAAUUCCGUUUUAUUACGGAUAAAGUGAAUACGAGCAAUGGCAUAGCUCUGUUCUCUUACAUGAGCUUCGCUUUUUACAUGCUGACAAAUCAGAGUUUUAUGGCUUUUAUGACAAUCGUCAAACCGCAAGGAUAUGAAGAGAAAUAUGAUAUUUUGGGUGUAUCGCUUGCUUGGAUCUUCGUUGAAUUGGUGACGAUUCUGGUGAUUUGCAGUGCUUGCGAUGACCUCUCAUCGGAGCGUUGA